AUUUAUUAAUGGUCUUUUAUAUUAUUGGAUUGGGACUUGGGGAUCAUCUUGAUAUUACAGUUAAAGGACUUGAGGUAAAUUAAUAAUAUAUUUAAGGCUGUGAAAACGUGUAAAUAAAUUUAUUUAGAAAGCUAUACAUCAAUACUAGGAAUCAAUAGAUUAAAACUUUAAGAAUUUUAUGGAAAAGAAGUUAUUGAAGCUGAUAGAGAAUGUUGUGAAACUGGGAUUGAUGAAAUACUUUAAAAUGUCUCAAUAGAUCUUUAAAAUAAUUAUGCAUUCUUAGUUGUUGGUGAUCCAUUUUGUGCUACUACACAUACAGAUCUCUUUUUAAGAGCAGUUAAAUUAGGAAUAAAAGUAGAAGUGAUUCAUAAUGCAUCAAUAAUCAAUGCUAUUGGUUGUACUGGUUUACAAGUUUAUAGAUUUGGAGAAACAGUAUCUGUACCAUUUUUUACUGAAAAAUGGAAGCCUUAUAGUUUUUAUCCAAAGAUAAAGGCUAAUUUAGAUCAUAAUUUACAUACUUUAGUUUUAUUAGAUAUAAAAGUCAAAGAAAUUUCAGAAGAAAAUUUAGCAAGAGGUAAAAAAAUUUAUGAAGCUCCAAAAUUCAUGAGUACUCAAAUUGCUGUUUAAUAAAUUAUUGAAUCAGAUAAAUAAUUAGGUUUAAAUUCAAUAGAUGAAAAAACUAAGUGUUUUGGAGUUGCUAGAGUUGGAUUUGAAACAUAAAAAGUAAUUAAAUAUUUUUUAUAUAUGAGAUUGUUUCUGGUUUCUUACAUGAAUUUUUAGACAUUGAUAUGGGACCACCUUUACAUUCAUUUGUUAUUUGUGCUAAAGAAUUACAUCCAAUAGAAGAAGAAAUGUUUUAGUUUUAUAGAAACAAUUAACAAAAAAUAGAUUGA